AAUGACGCAAUUGUGCAUGUUUGUCGAAUCAUCAAAUGUUAAUCUUGUAUUUUUCUCAGAAGGCUAGCUUGAUAGAUACAUUUGUCCUUGCAUUUUAAGAACAAGGUUAGGUUGGCUAAAAUUAAAUAAAGAGCUGAAACUGACAUAACAGGUGGUUGUUUGCGCAUAUUGACCUUUAGACAUGAAACCAGAUGUUCCAGGUAUGAAUGCCCGUGAGUGAUCUGCUGUUAAAACUAAUACAAACUCAAUUUCCUUAAGUAAACUCAAUUCCCAAUAACAUGUAAAUAAAUGUCAAAUAUAUAAUCAUAAAUGUUAUCUACGGGUUUAUGGUAAUAGUAUCCUAUACAGUAGUAAAAACGGCGCCAUCCUGAUUUCAACACACAUGGAACUGGAUUGAAGUAUACCCAUAAUUUGACUCCUACUGAUAUAGUUCAUGCAUCUUCUCACUCUGUCCUCGAUGCAGCCAAACAAGCAAACAGAAAUGUACAGUGUUUACUUAGUCCAAGAGGGCGAAUAACAGCUUUUUGAAAGGUUUUGGGAAAUCCAUCCUAUAGGCUUCAUACCAACGUUGUUGCCACACCUGACCUCAUUAUGUCAACAUUUUGUGAUGACACAAUAUGUUGAAAGAGGCUCUCUCUUAUUCAAAUUUCCUGUCAUUACUCCUAAAGGCACGGUGUAGAGAUGACUGUAGUAUAUACCCUGGUAUAUUUGCCUUCUACCACAAUAGUACAGUAUCAAAUCUUCCAAUGCCAAUCAAUUGAUUGCUGAAAGUCCCCUGCUGCAUCUUUGUGCAAGCCGUCAAAAUUGGACACACGAGGGCGCCAUUAGGUAAAGCAUACACGAUGAAGGAAACAUUAAUUCUUUCAUCAGAUACUUAAACUGGAAGUUUUACACUUUUAUACGUUAUCACAUAUCACUUCAGCAGUAGUUCCCAAAUUCACUCGGAUUAUGAUGACGGAAAAUGCUGAACACUUCCUGACAAAUAGUUGAAGUUUUGGAUUUGACACUUAGAGAUAAUGAUAGCCAACAGACAAUGAUGACAAAAGGGUGAGAUAGGUUACAAAAUGUGGCAAAUGUAUUUAGUAACUAACUGAAUGAAAUAGGAAAAUGCACUCUAUCCAUCCAUGCGAUUGUCAUACAUUACGUGACGAUGUUUUUCGAAGAUACCUUAUUCAUGAACCACACCAUAAAACAGACUUACUUAGUAUGAUAUUACGCAGAGGCGAGGAAAUCCUCUCACCGGCUCUUAUCCAUUACGCACAGAGAUAUCACGCAUGCCGUUAGACUGCGCGCGCUCCACUAUGGACUUGGUUGCAGGUGGAGACGUCAUGGCACGCACAAUGAGAAGGAUGAAAACGAAGGGAAACUCGAGGAUGAGUCACGACCUAUUUUCUAACAUAUCCUUAAAGAUUUGUUAUUCAAUUGAGAUUAUUCAUCAUAGAUCACAAAUGUUACCUAGGACCCGGGGCUAGACUACUUGGAGCUCUCCUCCUAAUCGAGGACACCAACAUGGUUAAAGUUGGACGCCUUUGUGAAAGUCACGUAUUACAAAAAUAUUAUUUCUCAAUGGAAAUCUCACAGUGAGAGACAUGGAACUUGAGGCAAAUUCAAGCGGUGUACAUUGUUUGUCUCACAAUGAGAACGGAAGCUGCGCGGCGGAACAGAACUCGUCCGCCGGAGUGUCCACUGCGCUGGCCAGCGUGCUGAUCUUCACCAUAGUGGUUGACAUACUGGGGAAUGUGCUCGUUAUCCUCUCUGUGUUUCGGAACAAAAAACUAAGGAAUGCAGGCAACAUCUUUGUUGUGAGUCUCUCGGUGGCGGACCUGGUGGUGGCAGUGUACCCCUACCCUCUGGUCCUCACGGCCAUCUUCCACAACGACUGGACCAUGGGUGACCUUCACUGCCAGGCCAGUGGCUUCAUCAUGGGCCUCAGCGUCAUCGGCUCCAUCUUCAACAUCACGGCCAUCGCCAUCAACCGCUACUGCUACAUCUGCCACAGUCUUCACUACGAUCGCCUGUACAGCCUCAGGAACACCUGCUGCUACCUGGGCCUCACCUGGCUGCUCACCGCCCUCGCCACCGUGCCCAACUUCUUUGUGGGCUCGCUGCAAUACGACCCACGCAUCUACUCCUGCACCUUCGCCCAGACGGUGAGCACCUACUACACCAUCUCUGUGGUAGUCAUCCACUUCCUCAUCCCCCUGCUGGUCGUGUCUUUCUGCUACAUGAGGAUCUGGGUCCUGGUCAUCCAGGUCAAACACAGGGUGAAGCCAGAGUACAGGACCAAAGUGAAGCCGAGUGACGUUAGGAACUUCCUGACUAUGUUUAUGGUGUUUGUGCUGUUCGCUGUGUGCUGGGCGCCGCUGAACCUGAUUGGCCUGGCCGUGGCCAUCAACCCCAUGAGGGUGGCGCCCAACAUCCCAGAAUGGCUCUUUGUCAUGAGCUACUUCAUGGCAUACUUCAACAGCUGCCUGAAUGCUAUCAUAUAUGGACUGCUCAACCAAAACUUUCGGAAGGAAUAUAAGACUAUCGUGUUGGCCCUGUGCGUCCCCCGUCUGCUGCUCAUGGAGACCUCCCGCUGUGGGACAGAGGGGAUGAAGAGCAAGCCUUCGCCCGCCGUCACCAACAAUAACCUGGCCGAAAUAAACGUCUGAGGUUUGUUUGAGAGGGAACUGGGUUGUCGUAUCGCGGCUCUGGACUUGGGAAACACACUGACAUUGAAGCCAGGCUGUUAAGGUGCCCUACACUUACAGUUGUGUCACUUCCAUUGUGCCUUUCCUACAGAUGAAGUUACAGGAGGGUGUCACACUAAGUAAGGUCAUGUUGACUGAGUUACAAACAUGCAGUAAGAGACCUCACAUGUAGUCAUACCCUACUUUAAUUUGUCUGUCAACCCACUGUGGCAUUGUCAUGUUUAGAAAAGGGAAAAUAUACACAGCAAGCAAAAUUAUGAGAGACAAAUAUAUAUAUAUAUAUAAAAAAUAGGAUUUUGAUUAAAUAAGGGUAAGAGGAUGUGUUUGAUCAGCUGUCUGCAGAUCGGUCCUUGUCAGUUUUAACAAUUCAUUGAGUGUGCCUAUUUUACUACAGAUCACAUCAGCCAGUGUGGUCCCCCAUACCAAACAACAAAAUGAAUGACAUGAUGGAGAAAAACUGAUGUUUUAUUUUGGUCUAUUUAGGCGUAGCUUUCUAAAGAAUUUGCUCUUUCAGACAUAUACGUACUAGAGUGCCAAGCUCAGUUACAGAGGAAUGAAGCAUUUGACUAAGAAUAGUCAUAGUGAGUUAAGGUCUGUGUCGGAAGCACUGCAUCCUGGGGGAAAAGCAUCCUCAUGUAUCCUCAUAUUCAGAAUGACCUUGCCAGGGUGAGCUAGACUGGCUCUUUUCAACACUACUAAUCCUGUGUACCAACAGAGGAGCAGCAGCAACAGCAGUCUGUCUCUCAUCUCCCUGAUGUGGCAGAGUGUGUGUUAGUGUGUCUUAGUGUGUGUUAGUGUCUGUUAGUUUGUGAGCAAGCCUGCAGUGUCCUAUUCACUCUUAUGUUGCUUGUUUUAAUGCACUGUGAUUCUGCCACAGCCUGAGGGCUCUGUCUUACUGAGUCAAGCGUAUCUCUCACAAAAAUACUUUCAAAAUAAAUAUCUAUACAUUU